GCAGUCUAGUCUCUUGAUAUAUGAAGGAGAAAUACAAUGACCAACGAGCAAAGUAUAGAUUCACGUAAAUGUAGUAUUGGUGAUUUGGCGAAACAAGGAGUCGCUGGCGUGAGCGUAGAAUAUUAUCCCUUGCGACGCGAACUCAUAACGUUGCGUGAAGUCGGACCUUGAACAUAAUGUUUCGUGACAUCUUUCUGCUGUUCCUAAUAGGGCUGGCUGUCAGCGCCGCCCAUCCAGUCGGACAAGAGGAGAAUGGCCUGGAUUACGUGCUACAGAACCUAACGGCGAUAUGGGAGGAGCUGGCCUACCUUCGCAACGAGGUGGACGGCCACUUCCACGGCGGUCACGAGGGCCGAUAUCACCACCAGGUUGUGGAUGAAGUGACGAGAAUGAACCAUGAGCGCCAUGUUCACCAUCUGCAUCAUCCCCAUGAGAAUCACAAUGAUCACCAUGAUAAUGACUUGUUGCAUCAUCUUGCCCAUCACGGCCUCGACCAACGUGAACGACCAAGCCACAGUCAUCCUCAUCUCGGGAAGGAAGAUCAGGGCGAUGACCAUGAUGACGGGGGAGAGGAGAGUGGGGAAGAUAACAGCGCUGAGGGACAUCAGGAGCUUCAUGCAGACGCCCACGACACGCAUGGCCUUCAUUCUCUCGGUGAUUAUGACUUAGAUACGUUCAACCUCCGUGACCUGACUUCCGAUCAGAGCCAAGUUCAUAGUCACACUCACGGUCAUGGUUAUGGGGCAAGUCAUUCACAUCAUCAUAGUCAUGAUCACGGACAUGACCAUGAUCGUGAAUUAAGUCACUCUGCGGACAGUCAUGAGGCAGGCAACCCGCACGAAGGAACAGGAAGGCAAAGCUACAGGAGUCCGGUACAGGUAGCCCCUGGCCGUGGUCUGGCGCUGAUCCCCGGUCGUGAGCCAAUGGUUCCCGCGGAUCCUUGGAUGUACGCCAAGUGUGAUCUGAAACCUAAUGUGGACGUCCCAGAAUCAGCCGUCCGGGGCUCCAUCACGAUCUCGCAACUGAGAAGCGGCAAAGGUCCAGUAUACUUCGAUUUGAACAUUACCGGCUUCGACGUGGCUUCAACUGGUCGCAAACACGGCUUCCACGUGCAUGAACUCCCGGUGACAGAUGGAAGCUGCGGCUCAACAGGAGGACAUUUCAACCCGCAUGCACAGACGCAUGGUGCUCAGGAUGCGUCGGUCAGGCACGUGGGCGACCUUGGCAACAUCGAAGUGGACGAGAACGGAAACCUCGAAGGCCAUGUCUUGUCCGACCGCCUCGUGGCCUUCGGCGAACCCAACAAAAUCGUCGGGAGAGCUAUUGUGGUGCACGCCGGUGAGGACGACCUCGGUCUCGGGGGCGAUUCGGGCAGCCUUGCCACAGGAAAUGCAGGCGGCCGGCUUGCUUGUUGCACUAUUCACAUCAAAAUUGUUCCUUAUUUCAGGUUCAAGGGCUAAGGUCCUGUUGUCAGCCAUGCACUUUGAUGAUGGCAAGAAUUUUUGUUUUGUUUUGUUUUUGUUAUGAUUGAAGUGAAUAUUUUGCUAAAAAGAAUUGUAUAGAUAAAGGCAGAUGCUAUUUCCUCUUGCAAUGAGACAAGGGAGUAUGAGUAUUUGUAAACUCUGAUCAUUUUUAUUGUUAUAUUUUAAUACUUCUAAACAACCUAUCGUCAUAUUUAGCACAGGUACUCAGUAACUUGUACACAAAUAAAGAAUGAAAAUGAUACAAA